CUCUAUAUGGUUCUUCCAUUCACCCAAUUCGUUUUUUUUUUUUCUUAAAACAUUUCAAUGUGUAUAGGAGCUAGAAGAAAGCACGAAGUCCCUUGGUUCCAUUCCAUGCAAAUUCUAUGAAAAUCAUGUCUCCAAUCUCUCAGUCACUCCAUCAGCUUCCACCUCACCAAUCUUUCUCCCUCUCUCCUGUUUUUACAUUUGUUUUAUUAUUUUUAUUAUUAUUAUUUUCUCUCAUGCAUGGUUUUCGUUUGGAACUUGCCAAUUCUGGAACUGAAAAACCAAGAGAGAGAUGGGUUCCAAACUUCUAAACCAAUGAGAUUUGCCACCAUUUUCGGCCCAUGAAACCUCUCUCCUGCUUCUUGUGGACGUGGUGUUGGACCAUGCUCUGAAUUGCUCGCAACAUGUUACAUGAAUCCAUGAGCAUGCAAAAUUCUUUUCUUUUUCCUUUUUUAUUUUUAUUUUUUGCCAUUGCUUUCUUCUCCGUCUCUCUUUUCUCCAGGGAAUCAUUUUUCUUUUUCUCUUUUUGUUAAAAGAGACUCUCAGAAUUUGUUGAAGAGACAUGUUGACCUUGGCUUCAUGCAUGUCUUCCUUACAACCAAAAAGAUGAUGAUAUGAGAUAACUGAAAGGAUCUCAAGGUUGAAAUGGAUUGUGGCAAUUUCCAAAGCACUCCAAACAAGGAGUAUGAUGGCCAUAAGGAACCAAUUUUCUUACAUGGUGACUUGGAUCUCUUCAUAAUAGAAGCUAAGUCUCUUCCAAAUUUAGAUUUAUCUAGUGAAGCAGUUAGAAAAUGUAUCACUAUGGGCAGCAUGUGCCAUCCUCCAUUUAUAAAAGGACUAAAGACACACUCUGGAAAAGAUAAGAUGAUAACUAGUGACCCUUAUGUUUCUAUAUGCAUAGCUGGGGCCACCAUAGCUCAGACUAGAGUGAUUCCUAACUGUGAGAACCCUUUGUGGGAUGAGCAAUUUAUUGUGCCUGUUGCUCACCCUACUCAAAAGGUGGAGUUCCUUGUGAAGGAUAAUGAUAUUCUUGGGGCUGAACUCAUUGGAGUGGUGGAGAUACCUGUUCACAAGAUAAUUUCAGGAAAUGUUAUUAAUGAUUGGUUUCCCAUCAUUGGUCAGUAUGGAAACUGCUUAAAACCUUAUCCUGAGUUGCAUAUUUCUGUUCAGUAUAAGCCAAUUGGAGUGAUCCGUGCAGAAAGUAUCAGUAAUGGGGAUCUGAAUCUAGAGGUUCCUAAAACAUAUUUCCCUCUCAGGAAAGGAGGGAGUGUGACUCUGUAUCAAGAUGCACAUUUACCAGAUGGUAUGCUACCUGAAAUUCCACUUGAGGGUGGAAAAGUGUUUCAGCACACUAAAUGUUGGGAGGAUAUAUGCCAUGCAAUUUUGGAAGCUCAUCACAUGAUAUACAUUAUAGGAUGGUCAGUUUACCACCCAGUGAGGCUUGUCAGAGAGCCAACAAAACCAUUACCUUCUGGGGGAGAGCUUUCACUUGGAGAGCUGUUGAAGUACAAGUCACAAGAAGGACUCAGAGUCGUUAUGCUAAUUUGGGACGACAGAACUUCACAUGACAAGUUUCUUUUGAAAACAGAUGGUGUCAUGCAGACUCACGAUGAAGAAACUAAGAAGUUUUUUAAACAUUCCACUGUUCAUUGUGUGCUAUCUCCUCGUUAUGCAAGCAAUAAGCUCAGUAUUUUCAAGCAACAGGUUGUUGGAACCCUCUUUACGCAUCACCAGAAAUGUGUGAUUGUAGACAGUCAAGGUUCUGGGAAUAAUCGGAAAAUAACAGCUUUUCUUGGUGGUUUGGAUCUGUGUGAUGGAAGAUAUGAUACUCCUGAGCAUCGUCUUUUUAAUGAUCUAGAUACAGUAUUUCAUAAUGAUUUUCACAAUCCUACAUUUCAAUUAAGUUCGCAUUCGCAUGCACAUGCACCAAGGCAGCCUUGGCAUGACUUACAUUGCAAAGUUGAAGGUCCAGCAGCAUAUGAUAUAUUGACCAAUUUUGAACAAAGAUGGAGGAAGGCCAAAAAAUGGCGUGACUUCAGGCUCAAAAAGGUGACAAACUGGCAUGAUGAUGCUUUGCUAAGGCUAGACCGCAUUUCAUGGAUUGACAAACCUUCUCCUGGUUCCAAUGAUGAUAGAGCCGGUCAUGUAACUGAUGAAAAUGAUCCUGAGAGUUGGCAUGUGCAGGUAUUUAGGUCCAUAGAUUCUGGAUCUGUGAAGGGAUUUCCAAAGGAUUGUGACAAAGCUAAGGCUCAGAAUCUUUUAUGUGGAAAAAAUUUGAAAGUAGAUCAAAGCAUCCAUACUGCUUAUGUAAGAGCAAUAAGAUCUGCUGAGCACUUUAUAUAUAUUGAGAAUCAAUAUUUUUUGGGCUCCUCCUAUCAUUGGCCUUCAUAUAAAAAUAAUGCAGGUGCAAAUCACUUGAUUCCCAUGGAGUUGGCUUUGAAAAUUUCCAGUAAGAUCAGUGCAAAUGAACGUUUUUCUGUGUAUAUAGUUAUACCAAUGUGGCCAGAGGGUGUUCCAACAAGUGCUUCAGUUCAAGAAAUUUUGUUUUGGCAGGGACAGACAAUGUCUAUGAUGUACAAGAUUGUAGCUGAUGCCCUUAAAAAAGCAGGUCUCUCUGGUCAGUAUCAUCCACAAGAUUAUCUCAAUUUUUACUGCCUUGGAAAGAGAGAACCUCAAUCCUCAAAAGUUCCAUCACCGCCAAAUCAAUCUGAAAACCGCCCUUUGGUAUCAGUUAAAAGAUUCAGACGUUUUAUGAUUUAUGUUCAUGCAAAAGGAAUGAUAGUUGAUGAUGAAUACGUAAUUAUUGGAUCAGCAAAUAUAAACCAGAGAUCAUUAGAUGGUUCAAGGGACACAGAAAUAGCUAUGGGUGCUUCUCAACCAAAAUAUACAUGGACAGAAAAGAACUCUCAUCCACAUGGCCAGGUGUAUGGAUACAGAAUGUCACUGUGGGCUGAGCACCUUGGUAUUCUUGAAGAUGUUUUUGGUGAGCCUGACAGCCUGCACUGUAUUAGACAAGUCAACAAAAUAGCCAGACAAAACUGGGACACAUAUGUGUCUGAUGAAGGGAAUCAUUUGAGGGGACACUUAAUGCAGUAUCCAGUUAAGGUCAGCAAUGAUGGAAAAGUUAGUGCACUCGAUGAUUAUGACUCCUUUCCUGAUGUUGGUGGCAAAAUUCUUGGAUCACCAAAUUCACUUCCAGAUGCACUAACCACGUGAUUAACCAACCGAAAUCUUGGAAAAUUCCCCAACAAAUAUAUAGUUGCUAAGAAUUGCAGCUCAAAAAAUGGUAAUGAUGGUAAAACCAAUUUAUUCACUUAGAGUCUAUUUAGAUAGAGAGUUAGAAAAACUUUUGUGAGUUUCUUUAUCGGGAAAAAAAAAUCUAAUCAAGAAACUUUCAAAAUUUUGUCAAAUUUGUAUUAAAGCAGACUCUUAAAAUUAUUUCAAGAAACAUGAUAUGUAACAUUAUGGGAUGGUCCUAAUGCAGCUAAAUGACUACCUUUUGUAUGUAAAAUUCUUUAUUUGAUAGUGAGUGCAUAAAUCUCUAGUUCUCUAUGUAUUUA